AUGAGUUCAUGGGUAGCUAAGCUGGGUCAGGGUCUCGUUGGGUCUGAUUCUACAAAGAAAAUAGAGUUAGACGUAUUUUUGUGUGGCUCAGCUAGCUGUUAUUUGCGAAUUGUGUACUUAUGUGUGAAAGCUAAAAGGAUGAACAGAGAAACUUGCAGCUCAGAUAGGUCCAUCUGGUUAGUUGGCAACAAGGGUAAACAAAGAAGCUGGAGGCAGUUUCGCGUUUCUCUUGGCCGGCAUCUGAUUAUGGUUGAGGUGGUGGCAUUUUUACUUUACACGCCAUUCCUCAAUUGCAUCGAUUCUCGUCUUUCUCAUUCUCUUUGCUUCAUACAAUCAACUUCAUGCUCAUGUUCUUGUUGUUUAUUCUCCAGAAAAGUAGGCAUAGAAUCGUUUGUCGCUUUCAUGUGA